AUGGUCACCCUUGACGAGGUUACGGCCCUCCUGCAGAAGCCGACCGACGCAGCAGCAGCCUCAUCGUCAACCCUCGUCCGCGCACCCUCUCACUAUAAGCCUCUUCCCACCUUCACUCUCCCGAAAGAACGUUCCUACCAGCAGCAAUAUGCCGACGUCUACUUCCUCCGCCUCACCUCGAUCCGUCCCGCAGUCGACGCCGUCGCCGCCGAAGCCUGGGACGGCACCAUCAUCGGCGGCGAAGAAGCCCGCCACGUCAACCGCGUCCUCGACGUCCGCCAGGGCGAGCUGUGCUGGGUCACCGGCACCGUCUACAUCGACAUGCCGCUGAAGCCCAACAUCCUCGAGGACGUCUCCAAGGACCGCUGGAUCUCGGCCCCGAUCUCCACGGACCGCUACUACUCCGACGACGCCGAAAAGGACCAGGUCAUGCUCGAAGACGACUCGGGCCGCAUCCGCCUCGUGGGCGACGUCCUGAAAUCCAUCCACCUCGUGACCGGCUGCAUCGUCGGCGUCAUGGGCACCGAGAACGCAAACGGCGAGCUCGAGGUCAUCGACGUCAAGUUCCCGGACCUCGCCCCCCAGCCCUCGAGGUGGUCCCUGACCUCCCCUCCCUCAGAAGACCACGACAUGACCGGCACGACGACGACGACGCCGACGCCCUCGCAGAAGCCCUCGUCCAAGAUCGCCAUCGUCUCGGGCCUCUCCUUCUCCGGCUCGGACGCAUCCUACGCCCUCGAGCUCUCCCUCCUCCUCGAGUUCCUUCUCGGCGAGGCCCUCACCCCCGAGACCCAGUCCGAGCUCACAAACAUCUCCCGCCUCGUCAUCGCCGGCGACUCCAUCUCCACGACGUCCCCGAACCCCGCCGACGCCGGCGCCACGAACGGCAACAAGAAGGCCGCGGUGAAGAAGUACGGCUACGACGCCAGCGCGUACAACCCCCUCCCCAGCCAGCUCUUCGACGAGUUCCUCGCCGACCUGCUCCCCUCAAUGCCCGUCACCCUCAUGCCCGGCGCCCAGGACCCCGCGAACGCGAGCUACCCCCAGCAGCCGAUUCACUCGGCCAUGUUCCCGCGCGCGAGGCCCUACGCCGCCGCGCCCGACGCCAAGGAGCCCGGCUGGCUCGACACCACGACGAACCCCUGGGAGGGCGAGAUCGAGGGUUGGAGGGUGCUGGGGACGGGUGGUCAGAACGUUGACGACGUCUUCAAGUACGUCGACAGCGACGACAGGUUAGGCAUGAUGGAGGCCAUGUGCAGGUGGCGGUGUAGCGCGCCGACUGCACCCGACACACUCUGGGCCUACCCGUUCCACGACGAUGACCCGUUCGUCAUGAAGAGCUCUCCCCAUCUCUACUUCGUCGGCUGCCAGCCUGAGUUCUCGACAAAGGUCAUCGAGGGCGCUGGGGGCGAGCAGGUCCGCUUGAUCACUGUUCCUUCGUUUUCACAGACCAAGGAGAUUGUGCUCGUUGAUACGGAAACGCUGGAGACCUCCAAGGUCAAGAUCUCGGCAAUAGCAUCAUCAUGA